UGUCGACAUCCCACCUCCAAUUUCUCCUCAGCAACUCAGCCAACUCUAACAACUCACUGCCAUCAAAUCUUCAUAUCAAACCACCAUUCUUCCUCUAGCUAGAACCGGAAGAAGCAAAAUGUCCAGCACCGUCGACCGCCUCAUCGACCGCAUGACCAACAUAGUCAUCUCAUCUGUUGGGUCCCGUUCCCGCGACAGCUCUACCCCAUCGCCCGCAAGAUACAUCAGGCCUGUUCCGCGUCGUCCAAGUGGUCCGAGUGGCGUCCCUGUCCCUAACUCUAGUAAUUGGAGCAUGCCUUCGAGUCCAACCCAAGUUGCACCUCCUCACCCUGGUACGCAGAGCGACGAUGCCUACAACGCAAACCUCGAAGGUGAAGUUAACCUGAACGUGCACGUUUACUACAAUUCUUCCUCCAGUUCCACCCACAGCCACUCUGACGGGUACCAUCCUCCCCCAGAAGCACAAGCACAAGCACAAGCACAAGCACAAGCACAAGCACACGCUAAUCCUAACCCCCAGUCACCAAACAUAAACGGACCCCCGAGAACCAGAACCCCAGCCACAGCCGGCCAUCGCAGUCCGCAUCUACGCAGCUGGGGCCGCAAUCGCGAAAGCACGCAAAGAGUCCACUGGGGCCCAGUCACCGAAAUCCCGUACUUCUCUUCCCUGCCCCCCGCUACAGUCCCCGGAAGCCCCACUAACCGUUCCACCAACAGAACCCAGGCCUCUAGACGCUUCCAUCCCUACCAGCACCCCGUGAGCCCGCUGGCCAUGCACCCGGUUUCCGCUGCCCGGGACGUGAGAUCAAUUAUGAAACCACCUACGCCUACGGACGAUGAAAUGCUCACCCGGAAUCUAUGGAACUUGGUCACCCUUGCGGAAAAGAGAGUGGACCACAUGAGCGAGGUUCUGUGUGCCGCUAAUUUCGCCAGAGUAAACGGGCUCGCUUUCCACGGGGAAGCGAUUGAUGCGUUGUUGCUCGGAGGCGAAUUUGAGGCCGGGCCUGUUUUGGGUGGAUCUGCCACUGCACCUAUCUCUGUCCCUGCCUCUGUCCCUGCCUCUAACCCUACCUCCGACUCUGCUCCCAGAACUGAAACCGCCACCGACGCCAUCCAUCAGCAUUCUCCGCGUCCUCGCUCUCUGCGGAGAUACCGCUCGGUCAGAAGAGGUAGGUCUAGUUUGCCGGCUUCUUCUUCUUCUUCUUCUUCUUCCUCUUCCUCUUCCUCUUCUUCUUCCAGCUCAGAGUCAGAAUCCGACAAGACCGCCCUAAAGACCCAAGCCAAGAAGAGAAGAACAAAGAAGAUGCGGUCUCGCCAGGAGAGAGAAACGUCUCCGUAGAGGUCCGCCGGCCGCCGACUCACUCACUCGGUGCUCGGUAUGUAUUUUCUUCCUACUUUGCAUCUCGGGAAUUGCUUGGAACUUCAAAUUGAUACUAUCGGCAUACUUACGUACGUAUGUACGUGAUAUCCAACCCGACUACACUAACGUGGUUUCCUAGCUAGGUAUUCAUUCGUAUUCAUUCAACCCCUCCCUUACCCUGCGCUGACUUUUUUUUUUUUUUUUACUACUGACUAUCUACUCCGCGGACAAAUACUAGUGCAGAUUGAAGACUGGAUGAUGACGGACUGACUGACUGACUGACGGACUACUAGUAGAUAUGCAUUGCAUUUGCAUU